AUGGUCCCUAACGUUCUACCCAACUGGGCCAGGCUGACGCUAAAUAUCCUAACCGUCGCUUCUUACCUCCCCCAGUACCAUCGCCUACGGGAACAGGGCCACUGCGACGGUCUUUCGCUAUACUACCUUGUUUUCAAUCUUAUCAGCGCCACGGAACAGUUUGCCAUCGGAUUCUUUCUCAACGUAACCGACAAUGGCUUCCCGCGCCCGGAUGUCUUCGUCAACAACCCAGCCACACCGGGUGACUGGUUCAAUUUCUGCCAGCUCGCGGUUGUCUGGCUUUGUUCCCUGUUUCUGCUGACGGGUGCGCUGGAAGAUUCAUCACCUCCCUCCGCCAUGCUGCAACAAACAACCAGAGACAAGGCCAUCGACUCGCUGUCUUGA